AUGCGAUUGCUGAUUUUGGUAGCCAGUCUAGCGUACGCUAGCUGUGGAGUGCUUCAUGGCGAUAUCACGGGAGAUUUAAGACCGCCGCCAGCCGCUGCACAGCAAGAGACCUCCGGAUAUGCCACCACCGCCGGAUUAAGCGCUUCAGCAACUUCAGCCUCGGAUGCAGGAUCAGUCGGUGCUAGUUGGGUCGGAGUUCAAGAACAACAACAGCAGUUGCAACAACAUCAGCAACAAGAACAACAACUGGAACUGCAACAACAGCAAGCAGUGCUGAGUCAAAGCUCGCAAGAUAACCAAGGUUUAUUGGCGAGUUAUCAACCCUCGGCGCAGCAAGUGGCACAGGUGGCACAAAUUCCUCAGUAUCAAAACUCUGCGUUAUCAGGUCAAGGAGCUCAAUACCAAAGCUCUGGCUUAACAACCGGGGCUAAUUAUCAACAAACUGGAGAAGCUUCAAGUGUUGGUGGAAGCGGUCAUAAAUACACUACUGUAACCUUUGGUAAUGGUCUUGUUGGAUUGGGGCAUUCUGUUGAUUACAAUGCUAUCAGCCAAAAUCAAAAUCAAAUUUUAAAUCAAAAUAAUCAAAACUACUAUUCAUCCCAAGAUGGAAGUCAUAAUUCAGUAGAAUCUGGGGUAUCAUCAAGUAUUAAUACGGAUUAUGGCGCACCCAUUGGUAAUCCAGGUACUUCCCAUGCGUAUGAUACUAUUUCUGUAUCAGAGAACAUCCAAACUGUUCCAAUUGAAGUCCCACAGUCAUAUCAAGUUAAUCAUAUCCGCCCGGUGCCUGUACCAGUAGAAAUCCCCACGCCAGUUGAGAUACCCCGACCUGUACCAGUGGAGGUACCGCAACCAGUUCCAGUGCAUGUGGAACGUCCGUAUCCCAUCACAGUCGAGCGGCCGGUUCCGCAACCAGUGUAUGUGAAAGUGCCAGUCGCCAUUGAGAAGCCAUACCAUGUACCGGUGAAAGUGCCCCACAAGGAGUAUCAUCACUUUGACCUUCAUCAAUUCCAACAUCAACACCAAGAACUUCCUCAUUUUGAACUUCCACAUGUUUCGUUUGAUCAGCACAGUUUCCACAAGGAUCACUUCAAACCUUUGAACUAUCAUAGCGCCCAUCAUCACCAUCAUCAUCACAAUGAGCAUUAUGACGUUCCCCAUUAUCACGGAUCUAACCAUCAUAGCUCUUCGAUACUUGCUGGGCUCACAGGUGGCCUAUCCUCUAAGCUGCGUGGUGGUCACGGCGGUGGUGUUUCUCACCAUUUUGGAAGCGGCCACGGAGCAGGCGGAGGCUUUAGCGGCGAUCAUAAGUUUACAAAUGGACUAGGCGCCCAUCUUCAGCACGCUUAUCACUCCGAUGCCGGUGGCUACAAGUUCGGACACGGAUUUUCCACCUCGCUGGGCUCCUCCUCCAGCGCACAUCUCGGGGGCAGUGGCUACGCUAGCGGAUAUGCCGGCAAAUACCUAAACAGUCAUAGCAGUGGCAGCGAUUACGCCAAGCACUUUCCUUCGUUCAGCUACGAAAAAUACCCGGCCACCUUCUCGACCGGGAAAUAUUCCGGAUUUUCCGGUUAUCACGGGGGCACUUCUAGCUCGAGUUAUAAAAUCCCCGAGACCAUAAAUCAGCAGUACGACAGUAACGGCGGCUAUAAAUACUGA